CUUUCUCAAUGACCACUUCCUUCUCCUCAAGACUAGAUUAAUGUCACGCGAAGUCGGCUCAUAUUUGGAACGAAACGGGCAGGAUAACAUCGAACUAGAACCUCUUCAUCGCCGAAACGAUUCCUAUGUGCGAACAGGUCGCGACAAUGUCACGUCAUACGACGAGGAAAACUCGGACGAGGAGACGCGAAAUGGAAACUUAAACGACGACGAGGAAGCAUUACUUGGGUCAUCACAAAGCUCUAAAGUUAUUCAAGGACCAGUGAAUCGCUGGUCACAAGUGAAAAAUAUCGUCAUCGAGAGUGCGCCAACUCUCCUGUUUACUACGUUGGGCCUUUUGUUUACUGGGAAACUCCUGGAUCAAGUGUCUCAUUGGAGACCUAUGAAAACAUUAGAUCAGCUGAUUAUCACUAUUCCCAUUAUCCUAAAUCUCAAAGGAAAUCUUGAGAUGAAUCUUUCCGCCAGGUUAGCAACUGCUGCGAAUGCUGGAGACCUAAAUCACAGAAAGACUCGAAGGGAGGUUGUAUUGGGCAACCUUGCAUUGCUUCAGGUACAGGCAGCCGUAGUCAGCUUCGUGGCGGCUAGCCUGGCUUUCCUACUUGGUUUCUUGUUGCCAAUAGCUGCUAAACCCGCGGGAGAGCAAUUGGCUCGAAGUGCCCAACAACUUCUACGACGUCGACCUCUUCCCCAUCCCACUCCAUCAGAACCCCUUCGAAAGACCACGGUGGAAGCUUUCCUGACCGUAGUCACCACCUGCAUCCUUUCCGCAUCCCUUUCAUCUUUAUUACUCGGCUCCCUCAUGUCUGGGAUAGUGCUCAUUUGUCUACGCUUCUCCCUCGAUCCUGAUAACAUUGCACCUCCAAUAGCCUCGUGCCUCGGGGAUCUCGUCACACUCUGUCUGAUCGGCGUCACUUCCACCAUCCUCGUUCCUUUCAUGUACAACCCAGCUAUAUUAAGUAUUCCUAUCAUCAUGGUACUGAUGCUCGUGCUUCUACUGAUUAUAUGGGUGAGCUGCUUAAUACUCGCUCUCAAGAACCGGCAUGUGCGACCACUACUUACGCAAGGCUGGUCGCCGUUGUUCGGGGCGAUGGUCAUCAGCAGUGGUACUGGCAUGAUCUUGGACCUGUUCGUCAGUCGCUACCAAGGUUUUGCGUUACUGGCCGUCGUUAUUAGUGGGCUUCCCGGUGCCGUUGGCGCAAUUUUCACAUCCCGGCUUUCAACAGCUUUACAUCUGGAAUCUAUACACGAAAAUCGUUCUCGCCACGUGAAUGUAAACGAGGAAGAAGACGCACCCAAAAAUCGAUCCAUUGGACACCGUCCCGAGGAGAAUGGGGCGGUCUACCCAACACCAUCGUCUUCUCGUGCCCCUUCCCCGCAACCAAACGGACCAUCAUCUAGCAAUCAUGAGCCCCAUCCCACACCCGCGCUCACGCCUGGCACCUAUACUCCACCGCCCUCUCCCAAGCUUGUAACCAUCACUCUUUUACUUAUCACGCUACCGGUUGAGCUGGUGUUCCUGAGCGUACUCAAAGGCCUUGGAUGGCUUCGGUUACCCAUAUUUUUUGUGUUGUUAUCUGUUGGAUUCUUUUGUGUAGCUGUAUUAAUAUCCCUCUACUUUGCGCGCAUCCUUACAACGUUCUUGUGGGCUCGUGGUCGUGACCCGGACACAUAUGCAUUACCUAUACAUUCGGCUAUGAUGGACCUUGUAGGACAAUCACUGUUAGUUUUAUGUUUCGAGAUUGUCAGGAGAUUGGGAAUUCUAUGAUCCCGACUCGUAAUCUAUAUAGAUGCGAUGAAAUAUAGCCAGCUUGACGAGAUCGGUUCGUCCAAGCUCGCCGUUC